GGGGACCCCCGGGCAAUAGGGGAUCAUGGGGCCCGUGUGUCCUUGCCCACACUCAAAGAACACCCAAAAAAAGCCUAUAUAAGGUACCAGGGGCAUCUCAUGGAGCCCCCUAUUGACCCCGGGCCCCCGGGCAGUGCCCGAGUUUCCAAAUGGUCAGUCUGCUCCUGGGCACAUCAUGUCAAGUACAGCAAGGUCCAGUCACACUGGAUGAUAUCUGUAAUGGGACUCCUAGACCUCCAAAUGGCUGGCUUGUUUCGAGGACUUGCAUCUUCCUCAGAGCUGGACUUCCUCAUCAGCUGAACUUUGAGCAUUAGGUUAGGUGAGAGUG